UUCAUUAAUUUCCAUUUGCUCUGCUUUCCGAAAUUUCCCUCCUAAAAUAACUUGUAAAUCAAUUCGCGGCUGUCGUCAACUUUUGACUGAAAGUCGCAUGUUCAGAUUUUUAACCUGUAAAUUCUUGAACUUUUCAAAGCAUUGCAAGUUCGAUUCAUGGCCGCCCCCUCUACGACGUGGGUUCUCUGCCCAAGUCCAACCAAUCAACCUGAUGUUGCUGACCCAGCAAACCCCCAGGUCCAUCGAACCAACUUACUCGGUGUUCGAUUCUCAUAUGUACGGCAGUUUGCUUCAACGCUGCGUCCGAAACGAUGACACUUUCACAGCAAUGGCUCUUCAUUGCAAUAUUAUAAAGAAUGGUAAUUGCUUAGACCUUUUCGCUUCCAACAUUCUUAUUUGUUUCUAUGUGAAACGGGAGUCUUUGAACGAUGCCCGCAAGUUGUUCGAUGAAUUGCCGGAGAGAAACACCGUAUCUUUUGUUACUUUGAUUCAGGGGUGCGCGGAGUCUCUUAUGUUUGUGGAGGCAAUUGAGUUGUUUUCUAAGUUGCAUAGAGAUGGCCAUGAGCUUAAUCCGUUUGUUUUCACUUCCAUCUUGAAGUUGCUUGUUAGAAUGGAGUGGGCAGACAUGAGCUGGUGUAUUCAUUCCUGUAUUUAUAAGCUUGGUCUAGAAUAUGAUGCUUUUGUGGGAACUGCACUUAUUGAUGCUUACUCUGUUUGUGGCUGUGUUAACAGUUGCAGGCAGGUGUUUGAUGGGAUUGACUGGAAAGAUAUGGUGACAUGGACUGGAAUGUUAGCUUGCUACUCCGAGAAUGAUUAUUUUGAGGAGGCCCUUGAGCUUUUCUCUCAGAUGAGAAUGCAAGGCUUCAAGCCCAACCACUUCACUUUUGUUGGUGUGCUUAAGGCUUGUCUUGGACUUGAGGAAUUUAAAGCAGCAAGGGGUGUUCAUGGGUGUGUCUUAAAAUCUCGUUAUGAGCUUGAUAUUUAUGUAGGUGUUGAACUUCUUGAGUUGUAUACAACAACUAGGGACAUUGGCGAUGCUGUCCAAGUAUUUGAAGAGAUUCCCAAGAAAGAUGUAAUUCCUUGGAGUUUCAUGAUUGCGCGGCUUGCGCAAAGUGAUCAAAGCAAAGAAGCAAUAGAGCUAUUUUGUCGAAUGAGGCAAGCUUUUGUCAUUCCUAAUGAGUUUACAUUUGCUAGUAUAUUACAAGCUACUGCAACUAUGGGGAAUUUGGAUUUUGGAAUGCAAAUUCAUGGCCAUAUUGUUAAGUUUGGUCUUGACUCGAAUGUGUUUGUUUCAAAUGCAAUCAUGGAUGUUUAUGCUAAAUGUGGAAGGAUAGAUAACUCUAUGGAGAUGUUUGUGGAACUAAAAGACAAAAAUGAUGUGAGUUGGAACACGAUGAUUGUUGGCUAUGUGAAUUUGGGGGAUGGAGAUAGAGCAAUGAGUUUCUUCUUAAAAAUGUUUGAAAGCCAAGUGCAGGCAACUGAAGUGACCUACUCCAGUGCUCUUCGAGCUUGUACUGUUUUAGCAUCCUUGGAUCUAGGAACUCAGAUUCAUGCUUUGACUACCAAAAACAAUUAUGACAAUGACAUUGUAGUCACUAAUACUUUGAUAGAUAUGUAUGCCAAAUGUGGAAGCAUUCAAGAUGCCCAUUUAUCUUUUCAGAAAAUGAGUGAAAGAGACAUAAUUUCAUGGAAUGCUAUGAUAUCAGGGUAUUCCAUGCAUGGUCUGGGGUUAGAGGCCUUAAAAUGUUUUGAGAUGAUGCAAGAAGUAGGUUGUAAACCAAAUAAUGUAACAUUUGUUGGUGUCUUAUCAGCAUGUAGCAAUGCAGGACUAUUAGAUAAAGGACAGUUAUGCUUUAAAUCUAUGGUUCAGGAUUAUGGCAUCCAACCUUGUAUAGAGCAUUACACUUGUAUGGUCGGACUUCUAGGGAGAUCAGGGCAUCUUGAUAAGGCUUUGAAGUUGAUCGAGGAAAUCUCAUUCAACCAUAGUGUGAUGCUGUGGCGAGCCUUACUUGGUGCAUGUGUUGUUCACAAUAAUAUUGAGCUUGGAAAAAUUUCAGCACAAAAAAUUCUUGAGAUGGAACCACAAGAUGAUGCAACCCAUGUGUUGUUAUCAAACAUAUAUGCCAAUGCAAAGAAUUGGGGAAAUGUAACAUCUAUUAGGAAAAGCAUGAAAAAGAAUGGGGUGAAGAAACAACCGGGAUUAAGUUGGAUCGAAAGCCAGGGGACAGUCCACUAUUUCAUUGUGAGGGAUACUUCACAUCCAGACAUGAACCUAAUAAAGGGAAUGUUGGAGUGGUUAAACAUGAAGACCAGAAAAGUGGGGUAUGUUCCUAACCGUAAGGUUGUUCUACUUGAUGUGGACAAUGAAGAAAAGGAUUGGCACUUAUGGUUACAUAGUGAAAGACUAGCACUAGCAUUUGGGCUUAUUAAAAUGCCAUUUGGAAGUACUAUUCGCAUAAUUAAGAAUCUUCGCAUUUGUGUGGAUUGCCAUACUGCAAUAAAAGUGAUAUCGAAGAUUGUGCAUCGAGACAUUAUAAUCAGAGAUAUGAAUAGAUUCCAUCAUUUUCAAGAUGGAAUUUGUUCUUGUGGUGAUUAUUGGUGAAAUCGUGGUUAAUGCGCAUUGGUUAGAGGUACACUUUUCCACUCAUUUUCAAGAGAGUUUACAAUCUUGAAUGUUUUGGUUUAAGAAUGAUACCGAAGCUUUGAUAGUUGUUUAUAAUCUGCAAAGAUCUCUAAAAGUAUUAGAGUUUAGGACCAAACUUUGAUAAUUGUUUAUAUAGUAGAGAAUUAUUUGUUGGCUUUAGAAAGGUAGAAGAAAGGAACAUAUCAUUUUUAAGAACAACAGGUAUUUCUUAUAGAUGCUAGGUAUAUAACAAAGUAAAUAUUUUAGAGCUAGACUUUGAUGAA